GUGACAGCAGCGGUAGAACCACAGCAGUGUUUACCGACCACCGCGGUGCAGCUUCAAAGCUCAACAAUGGGGCGCGUGAGAACAUGGACCGCUUCGGCGUUCGUCGGCGCCGUGGUGCUGUGCGUUAGCUUCGUUAGCUUGGGGGAGUGCACCACGACUUCACCGCCGACCCCCUGCUCUGCCCACAAGGACUGCAGCACCUGUGCUCCAGAUGUCAGGUGUCUGUGGUGCUUCACCACCAACAACUGCACAGACUACCCAGUGAGCUGGUUGCUGCCUCCGCACUCAGUGUGCAAGCUGUCCGAGGCCCGUUGGGGAGCGUGCUGGUUGAACUUUCAAGACCUGCUCAUUACCCUCGGUUUCCUGGCUGGAGCCAUCUUCAUCGGCAUUAUUGUCUGCUGCUGCUGCUGCUGCUGCUACUACUCCAAGAAGAGGAGCACAAGGCCUGCUGACGGAGAUGAGAACAUAUUUGACAGGAAGAGAGAGGAGUUCCGAAGGCGCGCUGAUGAGUGGAACGAGGAGAGACUGGCGAGACACGAACAUAUCCGCAAGAAGUACGGUCUGAUGAAUGACCCGGACCACCCGUACAGCAAGUUUGAGAACGAGUAGAGCGGCUGCUCCGGACCUUCAGCCCGAGCACCGACGCGCUGAGGAGCCGUCGCUCAGUGACACGACUCGGACACAAAUCACCAUCUCACCCUUUUCAAACAAUAGCCAAUCAGAGGGUGGGGAGGGGAGGGGGGAGGGGGCUCGGCUCGGCUCUUGAUUCUGGCUGAGGAUGCAGCGACGUUGCUUCGGAUGGAUGAUUUUCAAACAUUACUGCAGAGUUCUUUUGUCUUCUGAAAUGUCCUCCUCCGCGUUUUCUUUUUUCAUUUUUUUUUUUUUUUAAAUAUUAGAAGUUUAAUAUCCGUCUUUGCAUUUUGUAUAUACAGUAUUGAUUUAUGGAAUCCGAAAUAACAAUUUUACCGCAGAUGUGACGCGACAAAAUAAAUUCCUUUCUCUUUUAA